AUGUCGUUCUUCCAGAAUUUCAACACGCACUCAUUACGCACCACAAGAGGGUUUAAAUUGAAACCGGGCUCGAAUAUAUCGAGCCCCCAGCAAACAAACACCACAAAUUUCCCCCCUUUGCCCAAAAAUCAAUAUUCGCCCCAGGACUCACCCUUCGAUGAUCGAGGUAAUGCAUUCCAACUGGCCAAUACAACAAUGAGCACGGUCCAGAAUGUGAGCUCACACAUGGACAUCAGAAGUUAUGCUGAACAGACUUUGGGUUCGGAUAACGCGUUGAUUUCUGCAGUUAAGCUUCCGAGGGACGAGGAUGUAAAUGAGUGGUUGGCUGUUCACGUCGUAGAUUUCUAUAAUCAAAUUAACAUGCUAUAUGGAACGAUCACUGAGUUCUGCUCACCUCAAACAUGUCCUCGGAUGAUCGCUACUGAAGAGUACGAAUAUUUAUGGCAGGAGACAGCCUCCUCUGCGAGUGGCGGGGUACCAUCAAAGAGACCCAUUUCUCUACCAGCAUGUGAGUAUGUUGAGAACCUCAUGAAUUGGAUACAAAAUUUUUUUGACAAUGAGAAUAUUUUUCCGACAAAAAUUGGUGCUCCUUUCCCACAACAAUUUCCAGUCUUGAUAAAGACGAUCUUCAAACGUCUAUUGAGAAUUUAUGCUCACAUAUAUUGCCAUCACUUUCACGAAAUUUCUGAAUUAGGAUUACAGAGUCAUCUCAACACAAGUUUGAAACAUUACGUUUUAUUCAGCAAUGAAUUCAACUUGAUCAGUAGGAAGGACUACGGCCCUCUAGAAGACCUUAUUCAGACUAUGUUGAAGACGUGA